AUGUCAGAUUUCACUCUCCUCGUUAUCUACACCCCUCUACCAUUCACAGUAUUUGAUGACCCUGCUCUACUAAGUCUUAUUCUACAAUCAAGUACCAGCUACUCAACGAUGUCUUCCAGUUCUUAUUCGCAAAAAGUUCUCUCUAAAGGAUCUCAACUGGUCAGCGCGGGGCUGGAGGGCGCCAAAGGCACAGUUGCUUACGGAAUGCCUGUUCUAGAAAAAACCGCAAACUUCACAGCUCAGACAGUCAGCUGGGGAAUCGAAAAUCCGGUUCUAUUCACAUGCGCGACUGUUGGUACAACUGGUGCGCUUGUUUUCGCUGCCCCUGCCCUGGUAUCGGCCCCGGUUCUAUCGACCAUGGGAUUUACAGCAUCUGGUAUCAAAGCAGGUUCUAUGGCUGCAGCUGCUCACAGCUCCAUUGGGAACAUCGCAGCUGGUAGUGCGAUGGCUAUAGGACAGAGUGCUGGCGCUGGUGGUAGUGGCCUGGCCAUCGUCAACGGGGCCGCACAGAUGGGGGGUGCUGCGAUGGCCGUCGGAAGUGCUGGGUUUGCAUGGCUCAAGGCCAAACUGUAA